UGCACUGCGCUCUCCUCCUCCUCUCCUGUAUCAUUACACAGGCUGCAGCCAAGGGAGUGACAACAAGCCUGGCUGCCAAGUGGCCAGAGAGCCCGUUAUUGCUGGAGGCCAGCGAGUUUAUUGCAGAGGAAGGAAAUGAUAAGUUUUGGCAGUUUUUGGGAACCGUGCAAGAGAUGACUAUUUAUAAAAACAAAGACUCUGAACACUCCUAUUACAGCCUAAUACUUAAGAAAGCUGGCCAGUUUCUGUCAGACCUUCAGCUCACGUUGCUGAAAUUUGCCUUUUCCAUAAGGGCAUACUCUCCCACUGUUCAGAUGUUUCAACAGAUUGCAUUUGAUGAGCCUCCUCCAGAAGGUUGCAGCACAUUUGUCUCUAUCCAUGGAAGUCACACCUGCAAGGCAAGUCAGGUUAAGAAACUCUUGAAGGAUGCACUGGAGAGGCCAAGACCUUACUUGUAUAAAGGAGACCAUGUAUUCCAUACGCUAACUAAGACUGCUCCAGUAGUCAUUCUCUAUGCUGAAGUCGGCACCAAAGCGUUUGCUACAUUCCAUAAAUUGCUGAUUGAAAAGGCAGAAAAUGGGGAGAUAAUCUAUGUCCUCCGACAUUACAUACAGAGGCCAAGUUCAAGGAAAAUGAACCUGUCGGGCUAUGGUGUAGAACUUGCUAUCAAAGACACAGAGUAUAAGGCAAUGGAUGAUACUCAGGCUGCAGUUACUAAUUCUACAACAAGUUCAUAUGAAGGAAUUGAUGAAGACGUUCAAGGGUUUUAUUUUGACAAGUUAAUACAAAUGUAUCCUGAUUUGAAAGAUAAUUUGGUGGAGUUUCGAAAACAUCUGAUUGAAAGCACUAAUGAGAUGUUGCCUUUGAAAGUCUGGGAGUUGCAAGAUCUGAGCUUUCAAGCGGCCUCCAAAAUUUCCUCCACGCCUCCUUAUGAAGCUUUAAAAGUUUUGCGUGAUAUGUGCCAGAACUUUCCGAUCAAAGCAAGGUCUCUGACCAGAAUUGCAUUGAACCAGGAGAUGAAAAAAGAAAUUGAGGAAAAUCAGAAGCAUCUAGCUGACACAUAUGGGAUCCAGCCUGGAGAUGCAAGUCUCUAUAUAAAUGGCCUUCAGAUUGACCUAGAUGUUCAUAAUUCAUUCAGGUAAAAAUAGUUUUUUUUUCUCAAUUGGUAUUAUGUGUUGUUGUUUGUAAUCUUCAUAAGAUGCAUAAGGUUAUUGAUGCAACAUUGAUGCUUUAGGAAACUUAGCUUCCUUUUUUAUUUAUUUUCUUAAAGUGUCCUAGAUAUUUUGAAAAAUGAAGCAAAAGCUCUACAUGGCCUGUCUGUUUUGGGAAUAAAAAAUGAGGAUAUCACCAAGUAUUUACGCUUGCAAGUACAUCCAGAAGAAGAAAGCUAUGCCUUAGAUAUCCGUAAUUCAGCUAUUAAUUGGAUUAAUGAUAUUGAAACAGAUCAUAAGUAUUCAUCAUGGCCUUCUAGUAUUCAAGAGUUGUUAAGACCAGGAUUCCCUGGAGCCAUACGUCCAAUCAGGCGGAACUUUUUUAACCUGGUCAUUUUGGUUGAUCCUGCUCAGGAUUAUACAGCCGAUUAUGUGAAGCUUGCUGAAUUAUUCUACCGCCACAAUGUGCCCCUCAGGAUUGGAUUUGUUUUUGUUGUUAAUUCUGAUGGAAACCAAGAAACGGAUGCAGAUGUAGGAUCUGUUUUGUGGCGCGCUUAUAACUACAUGACUGACGAAUCUGAUUCAAACCAUGCUUUUGCUUCCUUGAUAAGCAUGUACAAUAAACUUGAUGGGGGUGAAGUACUUACUGCAGAAAUUGUAAAGUCUGUCCUAACAUAUGAAUUUCCUCAUGUUGAAGUGAAGAGCAUUCUUGGCUCAGAUUCUGAGUAUAAUCACAAGUUAAAGGCAGGAGCAACCUUUUACAAGAAGAGUGGCCUGGGUCCAUUGCCUCAAGCACUGUUUAAUGGUGCGCCCUUUAACACUGAAGAGAUGGAUGUGGAGGAGAUGGAGACAACUAUUCUGCAGAGGAUUAUAGAUGCCACAGGCUUCUUCCAGAGGGCAGUGUUCAUGGGUCUGAUAAAUGAGAACUCGGAUGCUAUAGAUUUUUUAAUGGAUCAGCCUAACAUAGUAACUCGGCUGAAUCCUACUAUUCUUACCAGUGAAAAGACGUACAUUAACUUUAUUUCAAGACCAGUUAAAUAUAAUUUUCAAGAUUUUGAAAUAUUUUCAUACCUGGAUUCUCAGGAUAGAAGUGCAGUUGUUUCUGAAAAAAUGAAAUAUGUAACAAAAGAAGAUGAGAAUGUAAUUUAUGCAGUCACCAUCUGGAUUAUUGCUGACUUUGACAAGCCAGCUGGGAGACAACUGCUUGCUAAAGCUGUGAAACACAUGAAAAAAAGCAGCAUUGCUCGACUUGGUAUCCUAAACAAUCCCACCUCCAAGAUGACUGAAGAUAACACUUUGAUAUCACGUGCAAUAUGGGCUGCUUUGCUUACACAGAAAAGCCAGAACAUGCUGACAUUUUUCACAAAGCUUUCAAAAGAAGAGACAGUGGAUGCACUUACUAAAGGGCAUAAAAUCAAAGAGUUCCUUGUUUCGGAAAUGGAUGGUGAUACCUUUGAGAAAAAGUAUAAUACACUUGGUUUGGACAUACUUCUGACCCAGGAACUAUAUUGCCGUGAAGUUCUCAGAUUAUUACCUGGACAAAUGGCUGUGAUCAGUAAUGGACGGCUGUUAAGCAACAUAACUCCAGAAGAGUUUCAUGAAGAAGACUUUCAUCUGCUGGAAAAGAUUACUUACACUACUUCAGCAGAAAAAAUAAAGAACCUUGUGAAAAAGAUGACCGCUCCAUCAAAACGUUCAAGUGAUUUGGUUAUGAAGGUGGACUCUCUUCUCUCAUCUAUGUCCAAAGGAGAGUCAAGGCAAGACUUAAAGUUUGCGAAACAGAAACAUAGUCUUAUCAAAGUUGAACCCCAAGAGGAGGGUCCUUUUCUCGAUGUCGUUGCUGUGCUUGACCCUCUGUCAAGAGAAGCUCAACAAAUGUCGCACUUACUGAUUGUGCUUUCUCGACUAAUGAAUAUGAAGCUGACUAUGUUCAUGAAUUGCAAAGCAAAACUUUCCGAAAUGCCUUUGAAAAGUUUCUAUCGACUUGUGCUUGAGCCAGAACUAAUAUUUUUAAGUAAUAACAGCCUUUCUUCAGGUCCUUCAGCCAAAUUCUUAGAUAUGCCUGAGUCACCUCUGUUAACUUUGAACAUGAUUACCCCAGAGAGCUGGCUGAUAGAAGUCCUGCACAGUUCAUGUGAUCUGGAUAAUAUCCAUCUACAAGAUGUAGAUGGCAUUGUGACAGCACGCUAUGAACUAGAAUAUUUUUUACUGGAAGGACAUUGCUUUGAUGUGACUACUGGACAACCACCAAGAGGACUCCAGUUUACUUUGGGCAUAAAAAAUAAUCCAGUUAUGGUGGACACUAUUGUGAUGGCUAAUUUGGGAUAUUUCCAGCUAAAGGCCAAUCCAGGGGCAUGGUUGUUAAGACUUCGGAAAGGAAGAUCGGAAGGCAUCUAUCACAUAGUCUCCCAUAUUGGGACUGAUUCUCCAUCAGAUCAAGAAGAAGUAAUUGUAGUGCUAAAUCAUUUCAACAGUAAAAUUAUUAAAGUUCAUGUGCAGAAGAAGCCUGACCAGAUACAUGCAGAUCUACUGAGCAGCGAGUCUGAAGAGAAGACAGGCCUAUGGAAUUCAAUAAUGAGGCUUUGGGGCUUUACAGGGGCAGUGAAUACAGAAGUAAAAGACAAGAAAUCAGAUAUACUGAAUAUCUUCUCGGUUGCAUCAGGACAUCUGUAUGAGCGCUUUCUCAGAAUAAUGAUGCUUUCAGUUCUUCGACAUACAAAAACACCCAUAAAGUUUUGGUUUUUGAAAAACUACCUUUCCCCACGGUUUACGGAAACUAUCCCUCACAUGGCAAAAGUAUAUGGCUUCCAGUAUGAAUUGGUUCAGUACAAAUGGCCAAGAUGGCUGCACCAGCAGACUGAGAAACAACGGAUAAUUUGGGGUUACAAAAUCCUCUUCUUGGAUGUUCUUUUUCCACUUGCUGUUGACAAAAUCAUCUUUGUUGAUGCUGACCAGAUUGUACGGACUGAUUUAAAAGCAUUACGUGACCUAGACCUUGGUGGUGCUCCUUAUGGAUACACCCCAUUUUGCGACAGUCGCAAAGAGAUGGAUGGUUAUCGGUUUUGGAAAUCUGGUUAUUGGGCAUCGCACCUUGGGCACAGGAAAUACCACAUAAGUGCCCUAUAUGUGGUGGACCUAAAAAAAUUCAGGAAAAUUGCUGCAGGGGACAGACUACGAGGGCAGUAUCAGGCUCUUAGCCAAGAUCCAAAUAGUUUGUCUAAUCUGGACCAGGAUUUACCCAACAAUAUGAUUCAUCAAGUGUCCAUAAAAUCUCUUCCUCAAGAAUGGCUUUGGUGUGAGACCUGGUGUGAUGACAAGUCCAAGCAAAGAGCCAAAACCAUCGAUCUGUGUAAUAAUCCCAGAACAAAAGAACCGAAACUAAAAGCUGCUGCACGUAUAGUACCUGAGUGGAAAGACUAUGACAAUGAAAUCAGACAACUUCUGAAAAGAAUAGACGAGCAGAAAAAGAACAUCACACAGGCCUCUGCCAGUGGAGAUUUGAAACAUGAUGAACUUUAGAAAUCACAGUGAUGUGAAAGAAAUUGCUUUUGACUAGAGAAAAAGAAGAGGAUGACACUUGAAACAAUUGUGACUUUUUUUUUUAUGUAC